CCACAAAGAAGCCACAGGGGCUCAUGAGAGGGGGGGGCCUCAGCCUGCGUGGGUGUGGAUCACAGCAGGCUGCUUGGAGGAAGGGGCCUCGGAGCUGUCGGGCAGGCCUUGCUGGCAGAGGCGGAAGGCGGCAGAUGGGGCCCAGGGCCUGCCUUGCUCUUUGGAAUGCCUGUCUCUGGCUGCCUUGCUUUCCCCGACUGCCCCUGCCCACCCCUCCUCACUCUCGGAACCUGACCAGUGGGCGGGCCGUGGUGUGGAACCCGCUGCCCGGAGUAACCGGACAAACAGAACUCCGUAGGACUCUGAGCCUGUUCUCCGGGUGGGCCUCCUGUGCUCCCACCUGCUGCCCUCCUGGCCCAUCCAUGCAGCACCCCAAACCCUUCUACACACCUGUAGCUCCCCAAGACGGCUUCAGUCCCCAGGGCCUGGAUGGUACCGAGCGGCUGGGCAGCCAGCCCCCCCCCGCCUGCACAGAACCUCUUCCUGCUGUAGGUUCCUCCAACCUGUACCACCCCCCAAGCCCAGAGAAAGAGGUGUUUCCAGCCCCUCCAGCAGGUUUCCAGAUGGCGCCCUGCGGGUGCUUCUUUGACCCCCGCAUCUACCGAAUCGAGUGGGCCACCACUGACUUCGGCCAGUCGUCCCUGUACAAGCUGGCAGCUGUGGGCAGCGGGGGGCUGGCAGGGGGCGCCGCCUCGCCAGGCACUUACCUCCUGGAACCCCAGCAUUACCUCAAGGCCCUGGUGCCACCCCCGCUGCAUCCGCCGUACCCCCUCUACCAGCCACCCCCCGGGGGCCCCCAGUACCUCCUGCCCUACUUCCCACCCGAGGGACCUGGGCCCGAGGCACUGGGCUUCGUCGGGGAAGGAGGGCCCCCGGCCUUCACAGAGCUGCCCCCGCCGCCCCUCAAGGAGAGCAAGCUGCCCCCACUGCUCCUCACGCUGCCGACCGAGGCCACGCUGCCCCACGGCACCUACGGCCACCUCAAGGGCCGCCUGAGCCAGCUGCAUGGGCCUGGUGAGCCCCUGGCCUUCACCGCCAAGGAGCUGUCCCCUGGGACUGGGCCCGGCCAGCUGUACCCGCCGGGCCCUGCUGAGACCAGGGCGGCCGAGGCCGAGGACGCCCCGCUAGGGGCAGGCGAGGCCCGGAUCCCCGAGGCAGCCCAGGCCUUUGUGCUGCCUGAGAAGGUGCUGCUGGAGGACGCCAUGAAGCUGUUCGACUGCCUGCCGGGCGGCGCCGAGCCCGAGGGGACCCCGUACAAGGCCCCCGGGCCCGCCCUGCCCGACAGCGGGGGUGGCGGGGAUGACUCCUCCGGCGACAUCCGCUCGCUGCACCUGCCGGAAGAGCUGCUGUCCUUUGACUAUAGCGUGCCCGAGAUCCUGGACACCGUGUCCAACGUGGACUACUUUUUCAACUUCAAGGCGCUGGACGAGGAGCCGCCGCCCCGCCUGGGGCCCCCCCCCACCAAUCCCGUGGCCCUGGCGCCACGGGCCGAGCUGCCCAGCAAGAGGAAGGCCAGCAGCUCGACCACCAAGAAGGGGAGGCAGGGCAGCAAGGGCAAGCAGGCUGCGGGCCCGGCCAGCGCCGCCCCCUCAGGGCCCAGGCAGGACCUGGGAGCCACUCCCCAUUAAAGCGGAUUUGAC